AUGGAAGUGCCGAAUGUAAGCUGCGUGGAUGGCAAAGGGUUGGGCUUGAAGGACGACAAUCUUGACUUGACCACCGAGGUCGAGGUUACGUUGGGGCUCAUGGCUCAUGUUGUCUCGAUUAUGUUGUUCCUUUUGCUUCUUGGAGUCGAUGUUGAGUUUUUAGCUUCAGUUUGGACUAGAUUAGAGUAUCAAGUAUCUAAACUAUCAGUCCUUUGGCUUCCGGCCAGCAUGAAGAAUGGCUCCCGGGCCAAUAAUUCCCUGAUAAAAUUUGUGUCGGUUCACACUGGCACCCACGUCGACGCGCCGGGUCAUAUGAUUGACCGGUACUUCGAUUCCGGGUUAGAUGUCGACACCCUUGACCUUGAAGUCCUUAACGGGCCAGCUCUGUUAGUCGAUGUGCCAAGGAAUAGUAAUAUAACCGCCCAAGUGAUGAAGUCGUUGAAUAUUCCUAAAGGGGUGUGCCGUGUUCUUUUUAGGACACUGAAUACUGACAGGCAGCUUAUGUUUAAAAGGGAAUUUGAUUCAAGCUAUGUUGGAUUUACAACAGACGGGGCAAGAUGGUUGGUAAAGAACACUGACAUCAAACUUGUAGGAAUCGAUUUCUUAUCUGCUGCAAGCUAUGAUCAUUUGGUUCCAGCUCAUCUUGAGUUCUUUGAAGGGAGGGUAAGGAACUUGCUCUUGAACAUCAAAUAACUUUAUAACUUCUAUAUGUGGUCAAAUUAUAGUUUUGGGCCCUCUACUAUGAUCAACCUUGAGAUUUAAUCUUUCUAUGCUUUAAUUUGACAAUUUAAUCCCUAUACGUUUAUAACAUCAUUAGCUGGUCAAAAUAGU